CUCAUAGUUGAUCAUUCCAAGUUCGUCUACCAAUGAACGUGCGCAUUGCCUUUCUACAUUGAUUCUCCAGUUGAACAUUCCGCUCGCUGUCUACGAGUAGCAUUAACCCGUUUGCUGCAGAAUAAAGCUGAUUAAGGCUGCACCCGGAAGACAGUAUCUCAACCGCGAUGGAAUGAUAACCGCGGCCAGCAGCACCAUACAAGAGGUCUGUCUUGGUUCACCAUGGCUGCACAAGGCCCUGGAGGAAGUGGAGGAACUACAUCGACCUACAUCGAUCUCGACUACAUCACCUCCAAUGACUUUUCACCCCAUCAACAUGCCAACAAUCUAGUCCUUGCCACGAACAAUCCAUCUGAUCCAACCAUCGACUUAACAACACCUUUGUCUCGAGUACUCUUCGAUCUCCAGGAGAUAGAUUCCCAUAUUCACACUUUGACUUCGCGUUCCGCUCUCGAUAUUCUGACUUACACGUCUGCUCAAAACGCGGCUGCUCAGCGCAUACUUGGUAGGGUCGAGGAAGAGCGAAAACGACUCAACGAGAGUUAUGCCCGGCUCGAGAAGGAAAUCCUUGUCCGCCAUCAGAGAGCUGUUGAUGCGAAAGUCACCGCUCAACGGAGUCUUGAAGCCAUCCGAUUAGGCCGCGUCGUACAACGCAUCCUCGGACUUGCAAGACAAUUCGAGAUUAUACUCGCUGAUUCUGGACUGAAUACUCAUGGCAAGCAGGGCAAGGAAGACCACGGCAGCCUAGUCAGAGCCUCACUUUCAAUUCUCGCAUUCCGCGAUGCAAUGAGUGGAGCUGAUGGCCCCGACCUGGCUCGAAUCAACAUAGUCAAGACGUUGCGUGGCAAGGUGUUUGAGGACGGAGAGGCAAAGAUACUGGAUUUUGCUCGACGUGUUGUCCGCGAAUUUUCAAUGAGCACGCUAUCUUCAAUACACGCGGCUGGGGGAGCCGCACCUGGUCCGACUUUUCGAGAAGCCGAGCACAGUCGCGCACGUUUCUCCAGUGCCACUCAUAUCCUAUACUUGUUAUCUCCUGCACCCAGGAUUGACGGCGAGAAAAUGACCAAGAAAGAUUUCGAACCAGAAUAUCUACUGCGUGCUUUACAAAGCUACCUGCAGACGGCUAUAACGUCGAGCUCAGCAGCCAUCGGUCGAGCAUUGGGGCAGCUGCCGAUGCUGGACAGAGCAUUGCUAGAAGCGAGCGCGCGAUGCCAGAAUGUGGUGGCUUUGGAGGUGUUAUUACGGGGGAUAGUGCCCCCUGAGCAUCCGUUACUCCAAGUUGAAGAAAAAGCAAGUAUCGAGGAAGACGACAGUGGUGAUGAUGAUGAGGAUGAUUCUGCAACGCACAGCAACGCAUCAGGUGAAGAAACAUUCCUCGCCCUCCUUCUCAACGCUCUCGACACAGCCUCGCUACCGUCCUAUUUCUGGAGAUCCCUGGCUUCGUCGCUAUCGUCUCGAGUGUCCGAGAUCUUGAACCGAGGUGGGGUAUCUGCUCGCACGCUCAAAAGUCAACGCGAGACUGUAAGGGCUGAGAUACGCGAGUGUGUUCUCCGAGGAUCUAGAAUGCCAAAGUCUGUGGUUUUGGGAGAUGCCAGGGCGACUGCUAUAGGGGAGGAACCUGUUGGAAACUGGGAGCGAGAAGCUGCCGUCAUGGUGCAAAGCGUGGUAGGACUUCUAGGACGUUGAAUGGACCUCGCCGGCAGGGAGGCUUGGCCCAGAAAAUUGGAUUACCAGAGGCCAGAAUGAUUGCCCUCGAGUUUUAUACAUGAGUGAAGAUUAUGCAAUAGCCACUCCCAACCGCAGGAUCAACAUUGAUCAAGGUUUGCAAAGAAAUCAUUGCAUCCCUUAU